AUGGACUCACCCUUCCAGGACAGCCCUACUAUCGGGAGAACGGUACACUACACGGCCAAUAGCCCGCCGGCAGUUUCGCCAAACGCCGCAGCCACGAGGUCGAGACAGGUGCCCGCUAGCCCUCUGUCCAUGGACUCGUCGUUUCCCGCGCCUCAGUCUGCCGCCGUUCCACGCAUCGUGACCACUGCAGCCCCAGACGACCGCACGCAGCUGUCAGAGAAGACAUACCUGGAUAGCGAUUCCUCUCGAACCACCACGCCCGAGCAGCGAAGCCCUGGACCGUCGCCGUCUCCUAGGUCGCUGAAUUUUCCGAAUGAAGGCCGCAGCGUCUCUGACCGCAGCGUCUCCAACCCUCUCGUCGCCGCACAACCCCCCGGCGUCUCUCGUUUAAAGCAAUCUUCGGCAGCCAUGCCUGCCCCGGCGGGUACGCGGGUAGAACCCGUUAAGAACCCCCCACGAACGUCGUCGAUCGACUCAGCCAUUUCCGUUAUUUCCUCGAAAUCGAACCUCCAAAAGUCUUCGCAAGAUGGCGCCGCCGAGAUUGCGCACCUAAUCAAGACGGCCGGCAGCGCCGAGGCCGUCAUCCAGUAUUUGCUCAAGGAGAAGCAGUCGCAAUCGCAACAAAAUGCGCAGCUCUGGAGGCUGGUGGACAAGCAGCGGUCGAUGGUGCUGGGCCUCAAGACGGACCUCGAAAGGGCGUUGAAGGAAAAGGAAAAGUACAGAAAAAAGCUAAAGGAAGUGUUGGGGGUAUCCGAGGAGCCAUCCGCGCCGUCAAUAUCCGCCCCAAGCGGGCAAGGAGUGGGCGCGAGGGCAGUUCCCAUCGCUGCUAGCGCUUCACCAAGGGACCAGGAGUUUGAAGUUCCCUUGUCACCCAAAACCGUCGACUCGGAUGAUGCCAAACAUUCGCCCAUCGACGUCUCGAUGGCGCCUUACCCUAUCACUCCGCCAGCGCACCAAGUGACCCUUCCAAGAGAUGCCCGCUCGGCCGUUCGAGACGCACUCGACCCGUCGCACACGAUGCCCCGGCCAAGCGAACAUGCGCUAGAUCAGUUCGAUCACGAUGCCCAGGAGCAGGAGGCGGAAGCGGCCGCAAAGAAAGUGGAGGGGACCAAGGACCUCCCCAUCAUGAUGAACAUCCCGCCCUCUCGUAAGGCGCCUAGCGAACCGCCCCGGAUGCGGCCGCCGCAACCACCAGGACCACCACCGGAGCGCUCACCUCGGCCGGACGACGGUGCUUCUAAGUUCCCUCCGCCCCCUGCGCCCCCACCACGGAAACCCCCUCCGGCGCCACUGCACCUGAAGAAUGCAAAGCCCAAGCCUAAAGUUGCCCACGACGAAGACCCGGAGACCGACACUGACUACGACCAUAUCCUCGAUGUUGAUGAGCUCAAGCCAUCCAACGACCGCAGAGGACGUAGGAGAACGCGAGAGGAGGACGAGCGCGAGCGGGCGCUUAUCGCUAGGAAGGAGGCCGAGAUGCGCAGUUUGUCUAAGAAGAGCAAACAGAGCAGCAGCCGUGCGGCUGGGGACAAGGCACAAAUGCCCUUGCCAGCGCCUACGCUCGCGCCCGCGCCGGCUGGCCCCAGGGCGGUCCAGACUACCAAGCAGGUUGCUUCUCGCGAGCCGGCUUCUCUUGCCGGCGUCCUGAACGGUACUCCUGAAGUUCGAACAAUCCCCGCGCCGUUGAUGAGUCCCGGCUUACCGUCGAGUCCUCGGCCGAACAUGUCUAUGACAUCCCCGAUGACCUCCCCUCCUCUUUCUCCGCUAGGUGUCGGCAACUUCCCCAGUGUCCCGCUAUCACCCCGCCCCCCACGGGCGCCGAUUCCGCUGCCUCUCAACACGCCUCUUCAGACACCCUCCCCUGCGGGUGACAAUUUGGUGCUUAAGUCGCCUAGGUCGCUCAAUGUCGUAAGGCAAGGCGAGCAAGGGUAUGCCACGCCGAGCCCGACCAAGUCCAGCGCUACCGACAGCCCAGUGGAGCGGAACAAGGUCUACAAGGGCUUCGUGACGGACGAAUAUCCCGACUUGCUCCUCCCCCCUAACGCUCUCCCGUCCAUUGAUAUUCGGGUUGCCUCGUCCCGUAUGAAGCCGUCUCGGGCCAGCUUGAUCUCGCUGACACAGCUGGAAGAGGACCCGGUUUUCACGCUGGCCGUGUACUCCAGGGCGGAUGGUGGUGAGCUCUGGCGUAUCGAGAAAGAUUCUGCGUCGUUGGCCAAGCUGGACCAUCGACUGAAGCAGUGCUCGGCCUUCACGGCCAGAACGCCUGACCGAUCGCUAUUUAGUGGUCACGCGCCGGCUAAGCUCGAUGCCCGGCGCAUUGCGCUCAACCACUACCUGGACGAAUUGUUGAAUACACAGUUGGACAACGCCACGGCGCUCGAGCUUUGCAAGUACCUAUCGACCAGCACCCUUCCGCCCAACGCAGACGAGAUCGGCACUGGGACUGGUGAACAAACUACCGAGUCACAGAGAGUUGGACCCGGCGGUCGGCCGUUCCGCAACGGCUAUCUCACCAAGCGGGGCAAGAACUUUGGGGGCUGGAAGGCUCGCUAUUUCGUCCUUGACGGCCCACACCUAAAGUAUUACGAGACCCCUGGCGGUGCCCAUCUCGGCACCAUCAAGCUUCAGAGGGCGCAGAUUGGCAAGCAAGCGCACCAAGCCAACGAAGGCACCCCUACCCAGAAUUCCGCCGCGGAGGAGGGUGAUAAUCAGUAUCGCCACGCCUUUUUGAUUCUGGAGCCCAAGAAGAAGGAUCCCAGCAGUGUGACCAAGCACGUGUUGUGCGCAGAGAGCGACCAAGAACGCGACCGAUGGGUUGAGGCUUUGCUCCGCUGGAUCGAUUACCGGGAUCCCGAAGACGAAGACCAUCCCACCAAGAAGGAUUCUGCCCAAGAGCGGAAUGUUGAGCGUGGCAACGCUAAGAAGAGAGGGCAGCCGCAAGCUAAGCAGCCAACGGCGGGCGCCGACGACAAUUUGAUCGGGGUUAGCUACGAAGCCACCAAGCAAGGCAAUACGCCGCACCAGGGAGCGCCAACCAAGGGGAAGCAAGGCGGACAACAGGACCAGGAGUCCACCCACAGCCAGUCAACGACGUCUUCCUACACCAUUUCCGCCCCGCGGGACCCGCAAGUGAUUUCACACACGGAGCCGCUGGGUAGUAAGCUUGGCAUGGGCCUCUCGGCGCCGACGCAGGAGGAGAAGAAGGCGAGGAAGCGGAGCUUCUUCGGUUUCGGCCCCAAGACCAGGACAUCGAGCGACGGCCAAGACUCGCUUUUCGGAAGUGAAGGCGGAGGCUCUUUGCCAACGGGUCAAUACCACGGUCCCCUCCGACAGGUCUUUGGCGCUACAUUGGCGGAGGCAGUUCGGUACAACGCCCCCGUAGACGUGCGGGUCCCAUUGCCCGCAGUUGUCUACCGGUGUAUCCAGUAUCUGGAUGCCAAGGAUGCUGUCUCGGAAGAAGGUAUCUUCCGACUUAGCGGGUCAAACCUGGUCAUCAAGCAACUCAGGGAGCGGUUCAACGUUGAGGGCGAUAUCGACCUGCUCAAUGAUGGGCAGUACCACGACAUUCACGCCAUCGCUUCGCUCCUGAAGAUGUAUCUCCGCGAGCUACCGACCACGAUCCUGACCAACGACCUCCGUACCCAAUUCAUCACCGUGACAGAGAUGACGAACCACAAGGAGAAGAUGGGAGCGCUGGCCGAGCUUGUGGAGCGCCUGCCACAGGCGAACGCAGCACUGCUCAAGUAUCUAAUCUCAUUCCUGAUCAAGAUCAUCGACAAUGCGGGCGUGAACAAGAUGACGGUGCGCAAUGUCGGGAUCGUGUUCUCACCCACUCUCAACAUCCCGGCGCCUGUGUUUGCCAUGUUCUUGCAAAACUAUGAGGUCAUCUUUAGGAUCGACCCCUCCAACUACGAGCUGCCCGUGACGGAACCCGAAUUUGCGCAGGAACGGCGGCCCUCGUUACCCUCUUCCUUCCAGGAGCGCCGGCCAUCGGAAGGACGGCCGUCAACCUCACAUAGUGAUUCCCCCCACAGGCAGCGCCUGAUGGAGUCAAUAGAUUCGCAGGCCAGCCGGAGCACGCCGACGCCACCGCCCAUGUCAAUGCAACAAGUGGCACAGAUGAAUGCGGCGACCCUGCACUCAAGGAGCACACCCACACCGCCUCCUCAGCGGCCGAUGAACCACGACAUGAGUGGUGGUGGUGGUAGUCACACGUCGAUGCGGCCGGCGUACGAGACCGGCUUCCCUGUGCCCCCAAACUUUGAUCCCAACCAAGUGGGCCGGCGUGCCAGCCCUGCGUUCGAACGGCCGGCAUAUGAGAACGGGCUCACCCCAGCACCGUAUGAGCAGCCGUACCGCAACCGACGUGAGAGCGCCAUGUUUAUGGGUUCGCUAAGCCAACAGCCCUCGAAGAGCCGGCUUCGUGAGGAGGCUCAGUACUAA